AUGGCAAAUCAGCUCAACAUGAACGGUCUCAGCUUGACCGACUCAAAGCAUGCUGCCACCAUGCCCAACGGCCGUCCUGCAUACAUUCCUCCUCAUCUCCGUGGUCAGCCUGUCCGCAGCGGCCCUCCCCCCAUGGACGGACCUGCAACACUUCCUCCAGGCGGCGACUCGGGACUAGACGGUAGUGCAUGGGGAAAUUCCAGUGCUCUAGGCGGUGGUGGCAACAACUGGGCGAGCGCUCCAGAUUUUACUCCAGGUGGAAAGGGAGGGGCUGCCAAUGGCUGGGGCGGACCACCAGCGGCUGCGCCAUCCGGCGGCUUCAACCCGAAUGCUUAUGGCAACCCUGCAGCCCGAGCACAAGGAGGGUCAUAUGGCAGAGGUUACGGCGGAGGUGGUGGCGCUCCUUCUCCACGUGGUUCUGGCGAUGGGCAAUGGCGUGACGGGCAACACAUCCCUGGACCUCAGAAUCUUAAGAUGGAACAUGAAUUGUUCGGUGUGCCGGAUGACCCAACCAAAGCCCACAGUGGUAUCAACUUCGCCAACUACGACGACAUCCCCGUUGAGGCCUCAGGUCGGGACAUUCCUGAACCAGUGACCACCUUCAUGAACCCCCCUCUGGAUGAUCAUCUCCUCAACAACAUCAAACUGGCCAGGUACACCGUUCCCACACCCGUUCAGAAAUACUCGAUCCCCAUCGUCAUGGCUGGCCGCGAUCUCAUGGCCUGUGCUCAAACCGGCUCCGGUAAAACUGGCGGUUUCCUCUUCCCCAUUUUAUCUCAAGCAUUCCAAUACGGACCAUCCGCUGUUCCUGCAAUGGGAGCAAAUGCCGGCUUCUCACGUCAACGGAAGGCCUUUCCUACUUCCCUGAUCCUUGCCCCUACCCGUGAACUGGUGUCUCAAAUUUACGACGAGGCACGAAAGUUUGCCUACCGCUCUUGGGUCCGCCCAUGUGUGGUCUACGGCGGCGCUGACAUUGGUUCUCAGCUUCGCUCAAUGGAACGUGGCUGCGAUCUGCUUGUUGCAACCCCGGGUCGACUGGUUGAUCUUAUCGAGCGUGGCCGCAUUUCUCUGGCUAACAUCAAGUACCUUGUUCUCGAUGAAGCUGACCGCAUGCUGGACAUGGGUUUCGAGCCCCAAAUUCGUCGCAUUGUGGAUGGCGAAGAUAUGACCAAGCUUGAAAAUCGUCAAACCCUCAUGUUUUCGGCCACCUUCCCACCCGAUAUUCAGAUGUUGGCUCGGGACUUCUUGAAGGAGUAUGUCUUCUUGUCCGUUGGGCGUGUUGGUUCUACUUCCGAGAACAUCACACAGAAGGUGGAAUAUGUUGAAGACCAUGACAAACGGUCCGUUCUUCUGGACAUCCUGCACACCCAUGCAAAUGGCUUGACCCUCGUCUUUGUGGAGACCAAACGCAUGGCUGACACUCUGUCUGACUUCCUCAUCAACAAAAAUUUUCCUGCCACCGCUAUUCAUGGAGAUCGCACUCAGCGUGAACGCGAGCGAGCUCUUGAGUACUUCCGGACUGGCGUUUGUCCCAUCCUGGUGGCUACCGCUGUCGCUGCACGUGGUCUCGAUAUCCCUAACGUAACGCAUGUUAUCAACUAUGACUUGCCCACUGACAUUGACGACUAUGUGCAUCGAAUUGGUCGUACAGGGCGUGCUGGUAAUACUGGUCUUUCAACAGCAUUCUUCAACCGGGGCAAUCGUGGAAUAGUUCGUGAUCUUAUUGACCUUCUGAAGGAAGCUCACCAAGAAUGCCCUGAUUUCUUGGGUAAUAUUGCACGUGAAGGGUCUGGCUUUGGCGGGGGUCGUGGUGGUGGUCGCGGCCGUGGUGGAGGUGGAGGCGGAGGUCGUGGUGCCUCUGCUACUCGUGACAUGCGUCGUCAAGGCGGCAGACCAGGUGCUCCAGCUUAUGGUGGCGGCGGCUUUGGUGGCCCCCCUUCAGGUGGAUAUGGCGGUGGUGGCUUCAGCGGUGGCUACAGCGGUGGUGCUCCAGCUUAUGGUGGCGGCGGUGGCGGCUAUGGCGGCGGCUACGGUGGUGGUGGUGGUGGUGGCUAUGGUAAUCCCGGUGGCGCCAAUGGACCAUCAUCCUGGUGGUAG